ACAAAGUUAGUAGAACUGCCACCCGGCUCUCCCAGUUAAACAGGAAAGUUGCUCAAAAAGCGUCAUCCUUUUCCAAAAAAAAUAACGUGGGGUGGGGGCGUCCAGUUUAAAUAUGGAUUGACAUACGCCUGGGUGUUGUACGUAAGGAACAGAUAACUGCGUGUAUGCAUCCAACCCGAUGUACAUACGCACAUAACAUAGCCACACAGCCUCAUACGUGCCAAGAUCUAUGGUAACAGGCUCCCUGUUAACAUCCACGCUUCUGAUCCAGACCUCUGCUGAAGUGUCUGCGAGAGGUACUGCACCGAGCAGCGAGGUACAAUAUCCGAGGAAUUCACCGCAAUAAACAGGAAUAGCGAGCGAUAUAGCUACCCCUUGGUAAUAUAACGGUGGCUCGUUGCUUCUCUAAUUGAAUCCAAGCUGUGGGUUAAAGAAUACGUCAAAAUCUAAUUUGCCAACAGAGAGGUCGGAAGGAGGGAGGUGGGGAGAUAACUCUUCCAAGUAAAUCGGGUUAAGCUAAACGGAAUCGACAGCUUUUACGCCAACAUUUGGCUGCUGGUGUGAAUUGAUUUUUUUUUCUUCCACCGAUCGCCUGAUCAGACGUUUUUUUUGUGCCACCACGACUCAGCAGAGAGUGUUAGCUCUUCCAGUGGACACUAAACUGAAAAACGAUCACAGUCGCAUCCCCGACCGAGAGAGAGAAAAAGGCGGCAAAGAGGUGGCGGAAUAUGCAGAUAUUGCAGAAUUUCUCUCCCUCCAGCACUUUGCGCUCUCCAGUCGGGUGGCAUCUGAAUCCAAACGCGACUGAAUGAGCCCGGAUUAUAUAGUUAUCGCCGGCGGGAGACAGUGACAUCGAAAGCCGGGGAACCGCGAGUAACCGCGAUGGAUUAGCAAAGCCUGAUUAUGCACUUGCUUAUUGUUUGGUUUAUCUAAUGCCUCUCUCUUUAGACAAAUACCGGGGCUGUGUCUUGCCUUCCUGUUGGUGGUACGUAUCCACUCACCCCGCUAUCCCGAUUGACAAACGAUUGUGAUACUUUCCGAGCUCGGAUCCUCUUUGCUUUAUAUUUAUACGUAAUUUUAAAACAAAAACAAGCUGAAACUGAUUUUUAAAUUUUAUUUUAUGCAUGUUUUAUAAACAAUUCAACUGAAGCAAUUCAUGACAUGAGAUGGGGGGCAGAUGCCACUGUUUGAAAAUGGUGCCGUGGUUUGUGUUGGUGCAAAUCAUUCUGGGGUUUGCCUGGGGCAAUACGACUACGGACCUUUGCGAGAAGAUGUGCUCAUGCAUUGAGGUGGAAGGUGUGCUGCACAUCGACUGCGAGAAAAGAGGCAUUACCGACCUGCAACAUUGCAGCGCGCCCACCUCCCGCUUCUAUCAACUCUUCUUGCAUGGCAAUUCGCUGUCCAAACUCUUCCCCAACGAGUUCGCCAACUUUUACAACGCGGUCACUUUGCACCUGGAGAACAACGGCCUGCACGACAUCAUCCCGGGAGCUUUCUUGGGGCUGCAGUUGGUGAAGAGGCUUCACAUCAAUAACAACAAGAUUAAAGGUUUCAGGAGGCACACCUUCCUGGGGCUGGACGACAUGGAGUAUCUCCAGGCGGACUUCAACCUGCUCCGGGACAUCGACCCCGGGGCUUUCCGGGACCUCAACGCGCUGGAGGUCCUGAUUUUAAAUGACAACCUCAUUACUUCGCUCCCGGCUGACCUGUUCCAAAAUGUGCCCAUCACACACCUGGAUCUCCGAGGAAACAGGCUAAAGAUCCUGCCCUACGAAGGGAUUUUGGAACUCAUUCCCGGUGUCGCUGAAAUUCUGCUGGAGGACAACCCCUGGGACUGUACGUGCAAUCUUCUGCCCCUUAAAGAAUGGCUUGAGCACAUCUCACAUUCGGCUUUGAUUGGAAGAGUAGUUUGCGAGGCACCCAUGCGAUUGCAAGGAAACGACUUGAAUGAGACAUCCGCGUUCGAUCUAUGCCCCUCGCAGAAUGAAAAUGAUUUAAGUCUUGUUGCUCCUCCUACUCAGCGGCCGUCAGGGCUGCCUCCGACUCCUGCUGCUCAGCAUCCACGGCCACCGACUUCAGCAUCAGUGCACAAAGGAGUAUCAAAGCCACGCGGAAACUGGCAACUGAGGACAAGACCUUCAGCCAAUGCAGUUGUACCUAAUGGCAGUAGCAAUCCCCAUGUAUUAACUGGAUGCCCAACAGCUUGCAGCUGUUCUAUCACCAAUGUCGAAUCAGGUUUUGAGGUUAACUGCAGGGGCAGCAAACUUGAGAGUGUAGCUGAUCUCCAUCCAAAACCAUUAAAAGCGCAGGAACUCUUUCUCAGACAGAACAAUAUAGGAAUCAUAAGGAAGACUCAUUUCUUGGACUACAGCGGUUUGACUUUGUUGGAUUUGGGAAAUAAUGCCAUUAAGUUAAUAGAAAACAACACCUUUUGUAAUCUCACCAAUUUGCGUUGGCUGUAUCUGGAUAAUAAUAACUUGGAAAUUCUGCUCCCUGAUAUGUUUGCAGGGCUUCAAAAUACAGAGUAUCUAAACUUGGAGUUCAACUUAAUUCAGUUGAUCCUACCAGGCACAUUUAAUUGGAUGUCAAAUCUGAGAGAAUUGUUCUUGCAUAACAAUUUAUUGAAAUCUUUGCCUGUAGAUGUAUUUUCUUCCGUCUCUCUCUCCAAGCUAAGUCUGCACACCAAUUAUUUUAUGUAUCUCCCAGUUACUGGAGUUUUGGAUCAAUUAACUUCUGUUGUGCAAAUUGACCUUCAUGGAAAUCCAUGGGAUUGUUCCUGUAAUAUCAUAGCUUUCAAACUAUGGGUGGAGAGGAUGGGCACUGAUGUCGUUGUAAGUGAAUUAAAAUGUGCAUCUCCUGAAGAAUUUUGGGACAGAGAUUUUAAGUCGAUAAGCAAUGAGCUGAUGUGCCCAGAGUUAUAUGCAAAAAUCCAUCUAACGUUUUCCUCAUCCAGUAACAUUACCAUAUCAACAGAGACAGGGACUCAUGUAAAUCCAUACUUGGAGACCAGCAGAGUUUCUAUUUCAGUGCUGGUACCUGGCCUUUUACUUGUCUUUGUUACAUCUGCCUUUACAGUGGUUGGCAUGCUUGUGUUUAUCUUGAGAAACCGUAAGAGAUCGAGAAAAAGGGAUACCAACUCCUCUGCUUCAGAAAUAAACUCCUUGCAAACAGUCUGUGAUUCUUACUGGCACAAUGGGCCUUACCAUGCAGAGGGACCUCAUAGAGUUUAUGAUUGUGUUGCACACACCCUUUCAGACUAGGCUUCAUGAAAUAAAAUAUUGAAAAUAUAGAGUGUGAUUUAAAGCAGCACGUUUAUCUGGAAAUGAGGUUCAUGCGUUGAAGGGUAAAGGCUCCAGAUGUAAAUAAUGUUACCAUAGGCUUCUGCUAAAAAAAAUCUGCAACAGAAUGUUGAACUCAGCUUUCUAAUGAACAAUAAAUAGCAGACAUAUUACAAAAGUACAUAUACCUUUUAGAACUAACCUUUUUUUCUCCUGCUGUGAAACACAGGUGUAUUUCGGAAGUAAGCACUGGAAUAAUGUUGUUGCUUUCCUGUGCGCAUUUCAUGUUGAUAUUCCGAAUGUAUAUAACAAUUAAUCAGUUGUAUAAAAAAUAUAAAGAACAUUUGUUGUCAUUUGGAGAUAUGGGAGAAUUGUAAAAAGAAUACACAAAAUGGGGGGAGGGAGCAGUAGAUAACAGCAGUUAGCUUUUACAGUUGUAAAGUUGCACGAACGCAUGAAUGUAUUGUACAGAACUGUCUAAGUAGAAACAAGUGAUGCAUGUCAUGCAUGAACUCAACACCACGGGGAUACACUACAUAGCUGGAAUAAAUAGCUAUUACUAUGCUCCAUUCAUGAGUACUAAUUAUAUUCUAUGAAGUCACGUAUCCAGUAUUGAUCACAGUGACCUUCCCCUGUUUAUUUUUGCUGUGAUUAUAAUUGUGCAGUUUGUGCUAUUAUUGCUUAGAUAAGGUGUAAGCUGCAAGUUCAUCUUGUUUUGGGCCAUAUUUGUUCAUGCAUGGUUAAUAAUUAUUUAAGUUAUAUUAUGAAUUUUUCCAUGUUUUUGGUGUUAUUUUAUAUUUGCUAAUGCCUAUUCUCAUCAAAAUUUUAGUGCAGUUAUUAUGUUUUGUACCGUGGUAAUGGAAUUCAAAUGGCCAAUGGAAUAUUCAUUUUUUUAAACUUGGGAAUAAAUAAAUCAAGUACACUUAA